AUGACGGAUGGGGCUUCUAAUCUUGUGGCAGCAGGACAAAUGUUAAUGGAGAAGAUAACCAAACUAUUUUGGUCCCCAUGUGCAGCCCAUUUCCUUGAUCUAAUCCUUGAGGACAUUGGAGAGCUUCCGGUAUUCUAUAAUACCAUUGCUAAUGCAAAGAAGAUUACUACCUACAUAUAUAGGCAUACAUGGGUCCUUAAUUUGUAUAGACAAUAUUCCAAUGGAGGGGAAUUAGCAAGACCAGCUGUGACAAGAUUUGCAACUUCUUAUCUUACACUAAAUUGCAUUAAACAACAAAAGAAUGCUCUUAGAUCAAUGUUUGCAUCGGAGGAAUGGGCUACUAGUCCACAUGCUAGUAAAAGUGAGGCUAAGCAAGUCAUGAACCUAGUGUUGAGUGAUGAUAGAUUUUGGAGAUCAAUUACAUAUUGUCUAAAGUGCGUGAUUCCACUUGUGAAAGUGUUAAGGCUUGUAGAUGGUGAUUCAAAGCCAGCCUCACCAUACAUUUAUGAAGCAAUGGAUAGGGCUAAAGAGAAAAUUGCUCAAAACUUUCAAAUGCAAGAGUCAAGGUAUAAAAAAGUGUGGAAGAUUAUUGACACUAGGUGGAAUCUGCAGCUUCAUAGGCCUCUUCAUGCAGCUGCCUAUUAUCUCAAUCCUAGGUAUCAUUAUGACAAGAACUUCAAUCCGGAUAGUGAAGUGUUAAUUGGUUUAUAUGAAACCUUUCAAAGAAUGGUUCCGAAUAUAAGGACAAGAGUUAUAAUAAAUCAACAACUUGAAAAGUUUAAGGGAGCUAAGGAGAUCUUUGGAAUGGACAUGGCAAUAGCUACUAGAUUUAAGAAACAACUGGCUCUUUGGUGGGAGAGAUACGGUGGAAGAGGUAAAGAGUUAAAAAAGGUGGCCAUGAGAAUUUUGAGUCUUUCAUGUAGUGCCACGGGAUGUGAGAGAAAUUGGAGUACAUUUGACCAAGUGCAUACUAAGAGAAGAAAUUGA